CCGGGUAUAAAAACUCAUCUGUUCAGUUGAUUCAUACUUCAGUGUGCUGAACCAUACGGACGAAGUGCCCACAGAUUCCUGCAACUUUCAAGCUCACUAAUCCCUCAAAUCACAGAAAUGGAAGACGAAAUCGCCGCCCUGGUCGUUGAUAACGGCUCUGGAAUGUGCAAAGCUGGCUUUGCUGGAGAUGAUGCCCCCCGUGCUGUGUUCCCUUCCAUUGUGGGCAGGCCCAGACAUCAGGGUGUGAUGGUUGGUAUGGGUCAGAAAGACUCGUACGUAGGAGACGAGGCCCAGAGCAAGAGAGGUAUUCUGACACUGAAUUACCCCAUCGAGCACGGUAUCGUCACCAACUGGGACGACAUGGAGAAGAUCUGGCAUCACACCUUCUACAACGAGCUCCGCGUGGCCCCCGAGGAGCACCCAGUCCUGCUCACUGAGGCCCCCCUCAACCCUAAGGCCAACAGGGAGAAGAUGACACAGAUCAUGUUCGAGACGUUCAACACCCCCGCCAUGUACGUGGCCAUCCAGGCCGUGCUGUCCCUGUAUGCCUCCGGUCGUACCACUGGUAUCGUCAUGGACUCUGGUGAUGGUGUGACUCACACCGUGCCCAUCUACGAGGGUUAUGCCCUGCCCCACGCCAUCCUGCGUCUGGACCUUGCUGGCAGAGAUCUGACAGACUACCUGAUGAAGAUCCUGACUGAGAGGGGCUACUCUUUCACAACCACGGCCGAGAGGGAAAUCGUGCGUGACAUCAAGGAGAAGCUGUGUUACGUGGCUCUGGACUUUGAGCAGGAGAUGGGCACCGCUGCCUCCUCUUCCUCACUGGAGAAGUCCUACGAGCUGCCCGACGGACAGGUCAUCACCAUCGGCAACGAGAGGUUCCGUUGCCCAGAGGCCCUCUUCCAGCCAUCCUUCCUUGGUAUGGAGUCCUGCGGUAUCCACGAGACUACCUUCAACUCCAUCAUGAAGUGCGACGUCGACAUCCGUAAGGACCUGUACGCCAACACCGUGUUGUCCGGAGGCACCACCAUGUACCCCGGCAUCGCCGACAGGAUGCAGAAGGAGAUCACAUCCCUGGCACCCAGCACAAUGAAGAUCAAGAUCAUUGCCCCACCUGAGCGUAAAUACUCCGUCUGGAUCGGCGGCUCCAUCCUGGCCUCCCUCUCCACCUUCCAGCAGAUGUGGAUCAGCAAGCAGGAGUACGACGAGUCCGGCCCCUCCAUCGUCCACCGCAAAUGCUUCUAAACACACACGCACACCUCAGCUGUGUGUCUGCAGCACUGUUCAUGCUAGCUCGCCUCACCUGUGUGUGGAGGUGUGUUGCCAUGACAGUGACUCCUUUGGGACUUGUCCGCCUGCCCCUUGUCCUGGUUGCCUAGGUUACCCCCCUCUGGUGGGGGUGAAGGGCCAUGGUGCAGGGGGUGGGGCUUGAUGCUCGGGACUCUAUGAGUUAAAACUCCAUUCCCUCCUCCAGGCAUUCCACACUUACACACACACACACACGCACACCUCCAUCUCCUCAUCAUUCCGGCGAUGUGUGGCCCCCCGGGGUCCAUCGUACACACGUUCUACUCUAGCGCUGGCCCUGUGGGGGGCCGUGUGGCUAGUGUUUGUGUUUGUUUGUUUUUUUUUGCUUCUGUAAAUUAUGUGUUUUUGUACUUUGCAGCCUUAACGUCAGUCCGGUCCUGGGAUGUUGAGUUACUAUGACGAUGGGGAGGGGGUUUAGAUGUGCUGCGCUGCUCCUCUCUCACCCCUCACCUGAGAGAUGGGGGAGGGGAGAGGAGAGGGGGGUAUUGGGGCUUCAGGUGUCUAUGGGGCGUGGGGUACACACACAUGAAUACCGUAUGCACCCACCCCGUCUGGUCUCUGUACACUGAACUCAAUAAAUAUGCACAUGGUCUGUACAACUUCGUCUUGAGUUUUCCUCAGGGGGAUGGGUGGGGUACCAUCGGGUGAAGAAAGUAGUCUACUCAAUUAAGUGGUUAACAAGUCAUGUUGCUGUAAAAAUGGCUUUAACUGGUCUUGGUAUUAAAGGCAUUACAGGAUGGGCUUUAGGAGUAGUACGACUACCUUUUUU